UCUCUUCUUCCUUCAUUUGCUCUCACUCUCCCAAUUACACAGAAACCUCAAUUUUCAGUCCAACUUUCUAAACAUUGUUCUGUCAGAACGAAGAUAACUUUCUACCUGAGUUUCCAUUUCCCUUUUUUUCGUAAAUUUUCAUAUCCACUCACAUGGCUACGAUUGUUUGUCAAGGUUUACAGUCAUGUCUACAGGAACCACAGCUUGUAGAACCCAGAACACUAAGGCUUAAACUCUCUUCACCGAUACCCCACCAUCUGUUUUCGGCAACACCCUUGGAGCUAGGCUUCAAAUCAUUUCUUUCAACAGAGUCCAACCACAUAAAAGAGCUUAGUCAUGAAGAGAAAUGCCACUACGACAAACCUGCCACCAAGAACUCUGACUUGGGGGGCUGGAAUUUCUUCCAAUCUAUCUCUAACAACAGCUCCCAACAACAAAACCCUCCAACCCCAGUUUACAAUAAGUACUCGUCAUCGGCUACUAGGCUGAACCAGAAGAGCUUGGAGAUGUGCACUGAAAACUUGGGCAAUGAGACCGGCACCAUCUUGAUCGAAAACAACAUUUUCGAGUCAAAAGACACGAGUUUGUUGGUGAAGAGGGAUCAGCAGAAGCAGAGUAAAAGCUUGGGAGUCAAGAAAUCUGCUAAUGUCCAUAACUUUCCUCCUCCACUGACCACGAUAAGCGGCUCAGAGUCUCUACGUGUCCGACCCCAUAGGGAAGACGGUCGGCUCAUACUGAAGGCCGUCAAGGCCCCAUUGACACAUAAUUGUCUCCAAGCUGAGAGGAGCAACGGCCGCCUUCGAUUAUGCUUUUCGAAAGAUUUCUUUGCUCCUAACUUUGACUCAGAGCUACAAACCGCAACCAAUGAAGAAGACACUGAAGCAAACAGUGGUGAGGAUUAUAAAAAUGAAGGAUACGAAAAUGAUAGGGAUGAGGAGAAAGAAGAACAAGAAGUGGGGGACAUUGACAAAGUAGUUUUGGGAGAACAAGAAGGUACAGUGUGUUUGAUUGAGGAGUUUGAAGAAAAUAGUUUGAAAGUUGGGGGUGAAGAGGGAGCUGACAAGUUUGAUCAGAGGCCAAGCAGAUGCAAAGAAGGUGGUGAGCAAGAGAAGAAAGGACGACUAUUAAACUUUGAGCCUUUUAGUUGGGUGGCUACUUGAUCCAUCUCAAUUAGUUAAAAGCCUUAUAUUACUAAUGUUAAUCAAUCACCUCUUUCUCUGUGUAAACAUAACUUGACAAAUUUGUGUUUGUCGUUCUCUUUGUCCCUUUUC